GUACGUGUUGGACGCGUUAAUCCAGCGCGUGGCGUCAAACCGUUCUCGUUUUGCUCAAAUUUAUAUUGGCUCGUUCAAAAAAGUACAUAUGUGUAUAUAUACGUAUAUGCAUCUGGAACAGGCAUUGUUGUUUCCUGGUUCUUAGAUACUAAUCGGGUUUGUUGCUUGCUUAGAAAACAUGGGAGGUGGUGAGGACAAGCAUGAUGAGCGUGACAAAGGGCUGUUUUCACACUAUGGACACGGGUAUCCUCCGCAAGGGUAUCCCCCACAAGGUUAUCCUCCUCCUCCUCAAGGCUAUCCUCCUGCACAAGGAUAUCCACCAGCAGGGUACCCACCACAAGGUGCAUACCCGCCUGCUGGUUAUCCAGGCCCAUCUGCUCCACCACAUCAUUCAGGUCAUGGAAUUGGGGCAAUGUUAGCUGGAGGAGCAGCUGCCGCAGCAGCUGCUUAUGGAGCCCAUGCCCUUGGCAGCCACCAUGGUAGUCACCAUAUGAUGCAUGGUACUCCUUUCUCACAUGGUCACAAACAUGGCGGCAAGUUUAAGCACCACGGUGGAAAGUUCAAGCACCAUGGUGGCAAGUUCAAACACGGGAAGCAUGGGAAAUUCAAGCAUGGAAAGCAUGGAGGGAAAUUCAGGAAGUGGAAGUGAUCAGCAACCUUUUACAUCAACAAGUAGGGUCGUGUUGACUCAAACUUGAUUCUGUCUUGUUUUCCUUUUUGGGUGGGAUUGAAUAAACAUUUAUCUUUUAGACUUCUGCUGCUUUUGAUGGCUUCUAAUUUGACAUUCAGAUGUUUUCUGUCUUUGUUUCUUUUAUGGAUGUUGCACAUAAGGAGUUAGUUGAUGAGUUGGGAAUGCCUGACAAGUCUCCUCAUUAAGCGUCCCUCUAAUAGACACUGCACCUGGGUGUGCCCGAAUAAUUAAGGGAUCUUUUUCUUUUCAAAAAACUUUAGAUAAUUUUUUAUGGUAACAAAUUAUACUUGA